AUGGGGCGCGUGAAUAGUGUAAGAAGAGAGACAGAGGUGGAAGCAACAGGAGAGGAGGGGGGAGAGAAGAAAAGAGGAAGCGAGGGAGGAAUAGGGGAGAGAAUAAGAAGAGGAGAGAGAAAGACCUAUGAUUUUGACUUAAAGGUUUUAGGCGUGGUGGACUAUGAGGGCUACGAGAGCAUCCGCGCCGUGGAGCUGGGCCAGUGGUCGCUGGCCACGUCCCUGUGGGGCGCCACCGAGGGCGUCAUCAUGCGCGUCACCGACGGCGUCGACUUCUACAACAUCCUCUACAGAGUGCCCGCCUCCAACACUCGCACCCAGCGCUCCAGCAACCUGGGACGUAAGCGACCAACUGAAGCAAAAUUCGCUAAGCCAUCGGAGCCACGCCCUAUACUUUACGCUCAAUUCUGUGAAGGGGUGAGGCGGGACCGCCCGCCCGCAGAGGCCACAGAGCAGAGGGAGCGGGAGAGGGAAAGAAGUACUUCUGGAGAUGCCAAAUGA